CGACAUGUGGUACUGGAAUCAAACCUACAACCUUCCGAUUGCAAAACGACUACUCUACCCACAGAGCCACAGUCGCCAUCUGUGACAAAUACUGACAUGAAGUUUGAUAUAAGGGUCAAUAAAAGAGUCCAAUAGUUUUAAUUCCAUAUGAUCAUCUGAAUGAAUUGAACGUGAGUCCUCUCCCUUUCCCAAAGGAAUACCAGCAGCACCAAAGACUUCCUUGUUUAGGUAAUCCUAAUUUGUAUGGUUAUGCUGGACUUUCCCUACUUCUAAAUUUUCUUCAGUUUCAGUUAGAUAGGGACAACUCCUAGUGCCUUCUUCUGUUGAACCCACUCCAUUAACUUCCAUCAUUCGGCCGUCCCUCACAACCGCAGUACUCCCCCCUCGCCCCCGUCCCCACUCAUCCUCUAACUCCUCUUCCCCAUCCCCCCCUCUCCACCAUCACCACUUCCCUCAGUCCCACUUCCACGAACAGCUAUCUUCGCCUCCUGCUUUCUCUUCUGCCCCAGCCGUGGGCAUGGCAGCGGCUGCUACUGCAUCCACCUCUUCUGCAUCGCCUCCACUACAGGCAGCCUCGGCGCCCAACAGCAGUGCCCACGAGCACCUGCUGGCGGUGCGCCGCCGUGCUCCACACAGUCGGCCGUACACAGUGGGACUGGACAACCUCAGCAGUUUGUCGGUACAGGUAACAGCGGGAUCCUCAGCUUCAUCGUCCUCUGCUGCGCCAUCUGGAACCCAGCUGGAAUCAGCUGGGCUGGGACUCCAGAGGGCCAAUAGUGACACGGAUCUUGUGACCUCUGAAAGCCGCUCAUCACUUACGGCAUCCACAUACCAACUGACUCUUGGCCAAGGCCACCUGGUGAUCUCAUGGGACAUAAAGGAGGAAGUGGAUGCCACUGAUUGGAUCGGCCUUUAUCACAUCGAUGAGACAUGUGUGGCCAACGUCUGGGAGUCCAAGAACCGUGGAGUAAAUGGUACUCAAAAAGGACAGGUUUUGUGGAGACUGGAGCCUGAGCCCUACUUCAUGGAGGUUGAGACAAAGAUCUGUUUCAAAUAUUAUCAUGGAAUAAGUGGAGCAUUAAGAGCAACAACUCCUUGCAUCACUGUGAAGAACCCAGGAGUACCAGUGAGAAGUGAAGGCCAAGUGGAGGAGCAGUCGGGAAGUGAACAUUGUCGAAAACUUGUCAGCUUCACCCUGUCAGAUAUUCAGGCAGUGGGGUUGAAGAAGGGAAUGUUUUUUAACCCUGACCCAUACUUGAAGAUGUCCAUCCUGCCUGGGAAGAGGAGCGGCCUCCCCAAAUUCACUCAUCAUGGCCAGGAGAGGCGCUCCACCAUUAUAGCCAAUACCAUCAACCCUGUGUGGCAUGGGGAGAAGUACACCUUUGUGGCUCUCAUGACUGAUGUGUUGGAGAUUGAAGUGAAGGAUAAGUUUGCCAAGAGCCGACCAAUUAUCAAGCGCUUUCUGGGUCAUCUGAUCAUCCCCGUGCAGAGACUUCUUGAGGGGCCAACAACAGUUGAGCGUCACCAGGUCAGCUAUAACUUGUGUCGCCGCCUCCCGACAGACAAUGUGAGCGGCCAGCUUCAGUUCAGAGUGGACAUCACUUCCACCGGACAAGAAGAAGCCUCCCCAGACGCUGCUGGAGGAAGCCUCAUGGGCAGCGGAGACCCUGGCAGCCCAUCUGAUGAUGAAGAUCUUCCUCAAGCCUCCUCAUCAUCUCGUGUCACAAGUGGACCUUCUCCCAUGGGUUCUGAUGAUGGCCCCUUGUUGGUGAAUGGCCUUUGUUGCUACGGAGAGAACAUCAUGUGGCAUGAGCCCGGACGCGUGGGAGACAAUGAUCUGCCCUCUGUGGCUCCUGGGCAUCACACCCAUCGACAGGUGUCCCUCAAUGACUACCUUGAUGCUCUUGAGGCCCCCACUGGCCACGGGGACCGACUUUUGGUGCCACCUUUGCCAAAACUGCGCUCCAGCUUUCCAACUGACACACGACUCAACGCCAUGCUGCACAUUGAUUCAGAUGAGGAUGAGGAUUCGGUGGGGCAACACAGAGACCUAUCACAGAACACGAGGGCAGAACAGAGCACGGAUUCUGUAAGCAGAUCACCUGCCCAGAACGAAGAUUUAAAGGAAGAUAUUGGAGCUGGAGCAGAGGAAGGUUCUUCUUUUGCUGGUCAGUUUCCAACUGAGCCUCCAAAUGACAGGAAUGAAGUAGCAGUGGAUGAAGGGGAAAACGAAGCUUGUGCUCUAAUCAGAGCAUCGGUAGAAGGGGCUGAAGGGUCUGCUGGAGCAGCACAGGCGACUGAAGAAACGACUGUCUUCUCAUCCCAAAAGCCUGGAACUGAGGCUGCUGCAGCCAAUCUACAGGGAGAUUCUGUACCACAGUGUUCCUGUCAGGAGCAGAGUAGCAGGAUGGGAACCUGUAGCCCUUCCCUGGGUCCUCUCUCACCCAUUCAAGAAGUGGAAGCAAGGAAAGAACUUGCUCCAAAAGCAGAAGAGGAAGGGGCAGAGUCAUCAAGCAGUGAGGCGAAUGGGCCAGUUGGAGCAUCUGCUCCAAACAGCAGCAGAGAUGUCGGAGGAGGAGAGAGUUCUGAAGCUGGAAUGAGGGCUGAAGGCGGGGACAAAGCAGGAGGGCAGAACGGCACAGAUGUCUGGAGGAGGCAGUCCAUGCAGACAUCUGCAGAUCAGGCACAGAACCUGGAGAGGUCCGGGGCCAGAGUGACUGACAGGACAUUGCUUGAGGAUAGAGAGAUUGGUGCCACAGCUCAGGUCUACGGUCAUCAGUCUGUUCGGUCCCUUCCCUCUGUCCGCCAUGACAUCAGUCGCUAUCAGAGAGUAGAUGAGCCUCUGCCUCCUAAUUGGGAGGCUCGCAUUGACAGUCAUGGUCGCAUCUUUUAUGUGGAUCAUGUGAACAGAACAACAACAUGGCAGCGGCCUACUGCYCCCCCGGCCCCACAGACUCUACAGAGGUCCAGCUCCAUACAGCAGAUGGAACAGCUCAACCGCAGGUAUCAGAGCAUCCGAAGGACGAUAAAUGAUAGCAGACAGGAGGAGCAGCCAGCCAGUGAGCUGCUUGGGGAUGAAACUGAUAUGCAUCCAUCUGUUCCAGAGCUACGGAGGGAAAACGGUGUGGCUCAGGCCAGUUCCAGGUCUCGCAUCUCCUUGCUGCUGCAGUCCCCCACCGCCAAGUUCCUCACCAGUCCUGACUUCUUCACUGUGUUGCAUUCCAACCCUAAUGCCUAUCGCAUGUUUACCACCAACACAUGUCUGAAGCAUAUGAUCAGUAAGGUUCGUAGAGAUGCACACCACUUUGAGCGCUACCAGCACAACCGUGACCUGGUGGCUUUUCUCAACAUGUUUGCGAAUAAACAGCUGGAGCUGCCCAGAGGCUGGGAGAUGAAGCAUGACCACAGCGGCAAGCCUUUCUUUGUGGAUCAUAACUGCCGUGCUACCACCUUCAUUGAUCCUCGGCUGCCUGUUCAGAGCUCUCGUCCAAGUCUUCUAUCUCACCGCCAACAUCUAACCCGACAACGUAGUCACAGUGCUGGGGAGGUCAGUCCAAGGCAACUGGUGGGUGAAGAAACGCAUCACCCUGGUCCUCCAGUCUUGCCACGACCUUCAAGUACCUUCACCUCAGCUAGCAGGGGGCAGUGCCAAGAGGUUGUCCCUGUGGCUUACAAUGAUAAGAUCGUGGCUUUUCUUCGACAACCAAACAUCUUUGAGAUUUUGCAGGAGAGACAGCCGGACUUCAGCCGAAACCAUGUACUCAGGGAGAAGGUCCAGCUGAUCCGCACAGAUGGCGUGUCAGGACUGACCCGACUGUCAGGAGAUGCGGACCUUGUCAUGCUGCUGAGUCUGUUUGAAGAUGAAGUGAUGUCCUAUAUCCCUCCUCAUGCCUUACUUCUCCCCAGUUACUGCCAGUCACCUCGCGGAUCCCCUGUUUCCUCCCCCCAGAACUCACCAGGAACUCAGCGAGCCAAUGCCAGAGCCCCAGCUCCUUACAAGAGAGACUUUGAGGCAAAACUCCGCAACUUCUACAGAAAACUGGAAACUAAAGGCUAUGGUCAAGGCCCUGGAAAGCUGAAAGUGACUAUCCGUCGGGACCAUCUCUUGGAAGAUGCUUUCAACCAGAUCAUGUGCUAUUCCCGGAAGGACCUGCAGCGCAGCAAGUUCUAUGUCAGUUUUGUUGGGGAGGAGGGGUUGGACUACAGUGGGCCUUCUAGGGAGUUCUUCUUCCUAGUUUCCAGGGAACUGUUCAACCCAUAUUAUGGUCUGUUUGAAUAUUCAGCCAAUGACACCUACACCGUUCAGAUCAGCCCCAUGUCGGCCUUUGUAGACAAUCACCAUGAAUGGUUCCGUUUCAGUGGCCGCAUUCUGGGUCUGGCUCUGAUCCAUCAGUAUCUACUGGAUGCCUUCUUCACCAGACCCUUCUAUAAAGGCCUUCUGCGCAUUCCCUGCGAUCUGAGUGACCUGGAAUAUCUGGAUGAGGAGUUCCACCAGUCUCUCCAGUGGAUGAAGGACAAUGAUAUAGAAGACAUGCUUGACCUCACCUUUACUGUCAAUGAGGAAGUGUUUGGACAGAUCACAGAACGGGAGCUGAAACCUGGUGGAGGAAACAUCCCAGUCUCUGAGAAGAACAAGAAAGAGUACAUUGAGCGGAUGGUGAAGUGGAGGAUAGAGCGAGGAGUCGUCCAGCAGACUGAAAGCCUGGUCAGAGGUUUUUAUGAGGUGGUGGAUGCAAGGUUGGUGUCUGUGUUUGAUGCCAGGGAGCUGGAGCUGGUCAUUGCUGGCACUGCUGAGAUUGACUUAUCAGACUGGAGGAGCAAUACUGAAUACAGAGGAGGUUACCACGACAACCAUAUUGUGAUCCGGUGGUUCUGGGCUGCAGUGGAGAGGUUCAACAAUGAGCAGAGAUUACGACUCUUGCAGUUUGUGACAGGAACAUCAAGCAUUCCAUACGAGGGCUUCGCUUCACUCCGUGGCAGCAAUGGACCGCGCAGGUUCUGUGUGGAAAAGUGGGGAAAGAUCACCUCACUGCCCAGAGCUCACACAUGUUUCAAUCGAUUGGACCUUCCACCAUACCAGUCCUUCUCUAUGUUGUAUGAUAAGCUGCUGACUGCUGUGGAAGAGACCAGCACGUUUGGGCUAGAAUGAGAUCCUGUCUUUGUCUGGCCCAGUUUUCUACAGCACUUUUGAACCUGCUUUUGGUAAAGAGAAGAGGCCAUACUAGAAGAAAAGACAUUGCCCUUUCGUCAGCCUUCAGCGUCCCCAAAACUGUUUUUUACUCAAAGGGCGACUUAAAAGCCUUGAUUGGCGAAAACCUAAUGACCCGGUUUUAAAGCAUUUAGUUAAAAAGCACCGUCUGGUAAUGUUCAGUGAUUGGUUGGUAGGUAAGAUCAAGUCCAAGACCUCAGUCAAAAAAGAGAAAGACCGAUUAGAAUAGACUUUCACUACUCUGCCUGAAAAUCACUUUGCCUCAGACAUUUUAAAUCAAGACUGACCUUUUGAAAUGACUCCACUGAAAAGGUAAAUGCUUUAUGUUGCACUCCUCUAUUUUGCACGCUUUCACUUGUAACACUAGAGAAAUGAAGCCCUACACUGCCUUCAGGACUGACAUCAGUGCUGCCAAGCCCUGACCAUUCAGACACCUCUUUUUACACAUUACAGAAGGGAAGUAAGUCUUUUGUUUCAAAAGCUAAGCUAAUCGAGUUUUUUUUCUUUGUAUGGUUUGAAUGAAUUAUCAAAAUACAAGAAUGCCCAGCAAAAUCAGCUCCAAGUACAGCAACUAUUUGGAGCUACCCAAUUUAGAAACUGCGUGUGUAGAUUUCGAAAGCAUUUAGAGUUCUUUAUGCUGUAUCUCAAACUUUUGUGGGAAUUUCUAAUUGAACCUAAAAGCUAACAGUUGAUUUUGGAUUCUAGUUGGGAGAUUUUGUAUUAAAUUUCAGUAUUUUCCAUGACAAUAGGGGAUUUUCUUUCUCAGAAGUAUCUGAAUGUAACCAGCCUUAACCUUCAAAAUAAUUAAUUACCAUAUAAUUGUGUUAAUUGGUUGAAGUGAACAUUAGAUGGAAUUUGAAGUUUCUCAUGUCAUGAUGUAAAACCUCCUUUCCAUUAGAUUUAAAACUAUUUUAAUAUACAGUGGGGCAAAAAAGUAUUUAGUCAGCCACCAAUUGUGCAAG